AUGAGCUCGGCAAUCGAUCCGCAAGACUAUGAAGUUCGAUUUUCACCGACAGGCGAUAGUUAUUUGAUGGAAGAUUCACAACUGCGAGCAUCUCAUCAAUGCAACGUUUGCGGGAAAUAUUUUAUGUCGUUUAAAGGUUUACAACAACACACGGUUGUACAUACUGAGCAAAAACCAUUUCAAUGUGAGAUCUGUUCGAAAUGUUUCCGGUUUAAUUCCAAUCUUCUCGAGCACAAAUCGAUACAUACGGGUUUUUCACCACACGUCUGUCCGUACUGUGGGAAAAGUUGCAGACUCAAAGGAAAUCUGAAAAAACACUUGAAAACUCAUGUAAGCAAUAAAGAAGAACUCGAAAAUGCCUGGAAACCGUUCGCAUGUUCUCAGCGUCGUCCCAACCGGGUUUCCCAAGAGACUCUUGUUAUGCCAUCUGCGGGAAUCGCUCAUAUUAUUUUUGAACCGUCAAUUACGUUAAUGGACUCAUACGCAUGCUAUCCUACGACAAUUUCCGAUACUUCAAAAUGGGUAGAGCGGAUUCGUUCCGGCGAGCUUAUGCCAGAAAUAAGCGUUGAAAGCAGAAUUAGCCAGUUUGAAGAGUUCGUGGCAUUCGCCAAUGGACAUCAGAGCUUGGACAUGUUUGUGGAAGCCGCAAAGUCAAUAUGUUUUGAAACGUAUCCUUGUCCAGAAUGUCAAGUGGAGUAUCCGAAUCUCAGUGAUUGUUCCACUCAUUUCUUCAAUGUUCACUCAUUGGCAUUUCUUGAACAUUUCUGCAAAGUUCGUAGAAAUGCUUCCGCCGUUUUAACAAUGCUAGAGAACUUCACCAACACGGCUCAUAUCACAAAAAAGUCGAGUUAUUGGAAAUUCGGGUAA